AUGGCAUCGAAGUUUGAAUCCUCCAUUCAGAGGAGCUGUGAUUUCAUCCAUGAUUUCGCCUGUUCCGCUUGUGAAGAAGAUGGAUUGAACACGGAAGCUCAAUAUUUCUGUAAUCAGUGCAUGAAACAUUACUGCGAUAAUUGUGUUACAAAACAUAAUGGCUUAUACAAGAGACACACGGUACUCGACCGGAAGGACGUGAAGAAAUGGGCAGCAGCACCAGGGACGGUGGACGUCCUUGAGAGAUGCAAGAGGCACCCCGGGGAGGCGCUCAAGCUGGUCUGUGGUGACCAUGACCAGCUGUGUUGCCAUGUGUGCAUUUCAAUUGAUCAUAGAUCGGACACUGUUCAUCAAUACAGCACAUUCCAGACGUUGCAAAGGACAUCCGCAAAGAUCCCGGGUUUCGACAACUACCUCAACAGGUUGCUGUUCUUAGGAAGCAGAUAG